UGUCAUUUUUACCGGAAAUUUCGCCCGCCACCCGCCGGCCGCCAUCCAAAUCCAUCCUCGGCAAGACGCGCAAGUCCCGCCGUUUUCUUUUUUCAACCAGCUUAGCGGUUAAAUUAAAGUGCUUCUUGAUUAUAAAUUAAGAAUAUAACAUGGCACCUAGGACUGCAAAAGCCAAGAAAACAUCAAACACAAAAAUUGCAGAAAAUGAAGUACCUAAAAAAGGCAGAGGAAAAACAAAAACUGUGGAAGAGCCAGAGACUGAUGUUGUAGAAACUGAGGUGGUGGGUGAUGUUCCUGUCAUAGAUAAGAAAACCAAACGAGUCAAAAAGGGUGAGGUUGAAUCCAACGGACAAGAGGAAACAAAUGGAGUAACAGAAGAAAAAGCCCCUCCGGCUAAAAAGGGUAGAAAGAAGAAGACUGACACUCCAGAAGAAAGUAAUGGUGUAGAUGCUGAUGAGGAUAAAACUUCUCACUCUAACAAUGAACCUGAAGCACAAUCAGAGAGUAAUGGGCCAGCAGAAGAAGUGCCUGCAUCUGGAGGAAGGGGAAAAAAGAAGCCAGCAAAAAAAGAGGCGGCUAGCAAACCCAAAGCGGAACCAAAGUCAGCAAGAGGUAAAAAAGACACAAAGCAAGAGACUGAAAACGAAGAUAAAGAAGAAGGAAAUGAAGAUCUAGUCAAGCCCGCAGCCAAGAGCAAAGGCCGCAAAGGUGCACAAAAAACGAACAAGGAAUCUGAAACACAGGAAAAGGGUGAACCAGAUGACGAGAUCAAGGAGUCCCCCAAAAAAGAAGGAAGAAAGAGAGGACAGACAAAACCUGCUAAAGAAAACACUCCAGAAAAUGAGCAAGGUGAGCAGGAUGUUGAAGACAAACCUGCUGAUGAACCUAAGAAAAAAGAACCUAAAGGCAGAAAAAAUAACGCAAAAAAGACAGCAAUAACAGAAAAUGAAGAUGAGGGGACUAAACCAGAACCUGCUUCUAAAAAAAGAAAAGUUACAAAAAAAGAUGAAAAAGAUGAUGUGAAAGCUGAGGUGGCUGAAGAAGCAGCCGCCGAGCCAAAACCUGCAAAGGGCAAACGCGGCCAGAAGAAGGAAGCCCCCGCCGAGGCCGAGGAGGCCACCGAGGCCGGCGACACGGCCAACAAACGACGUCGCAAGGCCGCCGACGAAAAGGUAUCGUCCGAAGACAAAAAAAGUAAAGCCCCACUCAAAAACAAAUCCUCCACUAAUUAUGAGGAUAUAGAUUUUUCGAAUAAAUCAGAGACCCUGCAAGGUAAAGAGUGGAAUCUAAAAAUAUCCAGCUGGAACGUCGACGGAAUACGAGCUUGGUUGAAUAAAGGGGGUCUCGACUACAUAAAAUACGAGAAGCCCGAUAUACUGUGUCUACAAGAGACAAAGUGUGCUAAAGACAAGCUCCCAGAUGAGAUAGCUAAUUUGCCAGGAUAUCACGCCUAUUGGCAGGGGAGUGACACGGAAGGCUACGCGGGGGUUGGGAUCUACACAACGAAGCUGGCUAUAAGCGUUCAAUACGGACUGGGUAAUGAAGAAUUGAACGCCAAUGGGCGCAUGAUCACAGCCGAGUACGAACAGUUCUACCUCAUCUGCACGUACGUGCCCAACGCGGGCCGGAAACUAGUCACGUUACCCAAGAGACUGCAGUGGAACGAUGAGUUCCGCAAGUAUGUUAAAGCGCUUAACAAGAAAAAACCUGUCAUCAUUUGCGGUGACAUGAACGUUGCACACAAUGAAAUUGAUCUCGCGAAUCCCAAGGCAAACAAGAGGAAUGCCGGGUUUACGCCGGAGGAGCGCGCCGGCAUGACCGACCUGCUCGGCGACGGCUUCGUCGACUCAUAUCGACAUCUCCGGCCUGACGACACGGGCGCCUACACCUUCUGGACCUAUAUGUCGAACGCCAGGGCGAAGAAUGUUGGAUGGCGACUGGACUACUUCUUGCUGUCGGAAAGGUUACUACCAUCCCUGUGCGACAACGUCAUACGGAGCGAAGUGUACGGCAGCGACCACUGCCCCAUCACUCUCUUCUUGCACAUCACCAGUGCUGACAAACCUAAGGAAUAAAUUUACUUCCAAUAUAAGUGGGUGGAUCAACUUUUAUUGUUGUUACUCUGUCCCGUUAGCCAGACGAUAAUAGUAGCAUAGUUUGCUAUAAGAAGUACUAUCGACUAACACGCUAAGCAGAUAUCCCAUUAACGAAAGGGCUUAGGGUCAUUGCGCUAGUUUUCGUCCACUUAACGGAAUUUGAAUAAUAUAAACCUACCUUGCCGCACAAAUUUGGACUUAUUGCAAUCCUUAAUGUGUAGAAAAUGAUAUUUCGCAAGUAGCGAAUAAAAAAUAAAA